AUGGUGAUGCGUCAAUGAUGCACUGGAAUCCUGAGCGAUCGAUAGAAUCGUCGUGCGAUGUCCAUGGCCUCGAAGGCUCUCCUUGGACAAGGACGACGUGGGCAAUCUUUAGAUCUCCUUAUGAAGUCUAGAGAUCAAUGAAAUGGGUCGUCAAAUCAUCUCCGACGACUGCCACCUAACAGAGUAGAAAAAUGGCGACUUUGUGGCUCUUUGGUGGCUGUCACCCAACAGAGAAGAGCUGGAUGGAGGUGGAGCGCAUGUCAAAGAGCUUCAUCCUCAGGUUCGCUCAACAAGAGGAGGCUCUUCAUCACAUCUGGUACGCUCUUAAGAGGCAACGACUCGUCUCCUCUUCCUGAUGACAGUUUGUUUAUCAAUCAAUCGGAGAUGCUUUACUCGAUGGAUUCGUGAUCUUUUUAUUACGAAUCGUUCAACAAUUUUACUAACAAUACUCUGCAAAUCGCGUUGGUGAGAUUUUUGUCGAUGAUCUAGGGAUUUUGGUUGCUUAAUUCUUCACCGACGAUUUGCAUGAAAGCCACGAUAAUCAGAUAAAAAAUAUGAGUUUUGGCUCUGAGAGGAUUUGAACCCCUACCAAUUGUCCCACCCCUUCUGGGGAAGAUGACGUGGGUUUAGUCCCACAUCAGUUGUACACCGAAUUUUCAGGCGAAUACAUAGUAAUGUUAAAUCUUUAAGCAAAUCCCUUCUUUGCGCAUAUGACCACUCUUUGCCCCACAAUCGGCUGGCCACUAGUGACAUGGAAGGGGGGUGGCACAUACGUGCCCCUAUCGGUCCAAACCACUCAAGCCCUUGCUCGUAGCUACUUCCCAACUGCGCUUCUACCUGCUCGCGGGCUCGGCUGGCCAGUAGGUCCCCCCAUUUUGCAAUAUUUUUAUUUUUAUUUCUUUUUCUUCAUUUAUCUCAUAAGUAAGACUAUAAAAAUUAUAUAAAUUCAUAUAAAAUCACAUAAUUAUCCAAAAAAUCACAUUAAUCAAUUGAAAACCACUUUUCACAUUUUAACACAAAUAUAAGUCUAUUUAUCACGAGUUAAGGCUAAAAAUAUAUUAUUUACUAAUUAUUAACUCAUGAUAAUGAAGACUUAUCAACUACCCUUAUUUAUAACAAUGAUAUACCAUGAUGACAUCACUAUAUAAGGGUAUUCGACUACUUAUUCCCUCUAUCUCAUUGAGGCGGGUGACUAGUGUAGGUUCAAAUCUUACUAGAGUCAAAACUUAUAUUUUUAUCUAAUUAAAUCAUGACUUUUGUAUAGAUCACUGGUGAAGGAUUAAGUCAUCGGAAUCACUCGAUCAAUGACAAAAAUCUCGUCAAUGCAUCAAGUAAAGUGUUGAACAAUUCAUGAUAAAAGGAUUACGAAUCCAUCAAAUAAAACAUCUCUAAUUAAUCAAUGAACAAACCGUCAUCAGGAAGAAGAUCCACUAGGAGAUGAGUGUCCACCUCUUGAGAGUGUAUCAGAUGCAAUGAAGAGCAUCAUCUUGCUGCACACACUUGAGAAUGAAACUCCUUGACAUGCUCCCCACCUUCAUCUAGCUUCUCUUCAUCAAGUGACAACCAUUGGAGAGCCGCAAAGUUGUUGUCUUUCCAUUCUAUUAGGAGACAGCCGCUAUAGAUGAUUUGACGACCUAUUUCAUUGAUCUCUAGACUACGUAAGAAGAUUUAGAGAUUACUCACAUCAUCCUUAUCUAAGGAGAGCCUUCGAGGCUGUGGACACUACAUGACAAUCCUUUUGAACGCUCAAGAUUCUAGUGCAUUGCCAACGCAUCACCGCCAUAAUGCCAGAACUCUAUUUUCCUACUUUCAACUUAAUUUUCAUUUUAUUUAGAGAUUAUUUGCAUGAUUUAAAUUUUAUAAACUACUCUUCAUUUAAUUCUGAUUUUUCUAGCUUUUAUAGAUUGUAAUUUGACCAACUAAAUUAUUUGUAAUUACUUACGUAAGAUUCAUCAAGCGCAACUCUAUUUUGGCCUGAUUCGUGUUCAUCAGACACUGAUGUCAUCCUAACAUUCGUAGUCCCUGACGUGACUCAGUUGUUGUAUGUUAAAUCACGCAAAUAUAAAAUUUAUAAAACUAGAAAAUACGAAUUUUCGAAUAUUUAGAAGUAUUUCUAAAUAAAUAUAUCAAUUAUAAUUCAAUAAAAUUUCCAAAAAUAGCGGUAAUUUUCCAGGUCGAUCACAGAGAUGUAAUAUAAUAUCUGAUAAUUAUUCAGAAUUUUUCUCAAUGAGUACGAUUUUCUUACAAAUUUUAUACUAGGAAAUAAAAAGGAAAAAUAUUUAAAAUUCACGAAAAAAAGGAAAUAAGGGUGCGGACGUCAGGAUGACGUCAGCACCCGGCAAACGCGAAUCAGGCAGAAAGAGAGUUCCGCCCGGUGAUUCUUACGUAGGUGAUUACAGACGACUCAAUUAAUCAAAUUAAGAUCUAUAAAAGCCGGAAGAAUCGUAAUUGAACGAAGUAUAGUUUGGUAAAUUAAAAUCAAUAAAGUAUCACUAAAUGAAGUGUAAAUUAAAUUGAAAGCAGGAAAACAGAGUUCCGGCGUCGCGACGGCGAUGCGUCGGUGAUGCACCGGAAUCCUGAGCAUUCGGGAGGAUCGUCGUGCAGUGUCCACGGCCUCAAAGGCUCUCCUUGGACAAAGACGACGUAGGCAAUCUCUAGAUCUUCUCGUGAAGUCUAGAGGUCAAUGAAGUGGGUCGUUGAAUCGUCUCCGGCGGCUGUCACCCGGCGGAGCGGAAAAACGGCGACUUUGCGGCUCUCCGGUGGCUGUCACCCGACGGAGAGGAGCUGGAUGGAGGUGGGGUGCAUGUUAGGGAGCUUCAUCCUCAGGUCCGCGCAGCAAGAGGAGGCUCUUCAUCGCAUCCGGUACACUCUCAGGAGGUGGCGACUGGUCUCCCAGCGGAUCGUCCUCUUCCCGACGACGGCUUGUUCGUCGAUCAAUCGGAGAUGAUUUACUCGAUGGAUUCGCGAUCCUUUUAUCGCGAAUCGUUCAGCAAUUUUAGUAGUAAUGCUCCGCGAAUCGUGUUGACGAGAUUUUCGCUGAUGAUCCAGCGAUUCUUGUUGCUUAAUCCUUCACCGGCGAUCUGCAGGAAAGUCGCGAUAAUCAGAUAAAAAUAUAUGAAUUUUGACUCUGGGAGGAUUUGAACCCGCGCCGGUCACCCGCCUCUUCUGAGGAAGGUGUGACGGGGGUUUAGUCCCACAUCAGUUGUACGCCGAUUUUUCGGGCGAAUAUAUAGUAAUGUUAGCUUUGUGAACAAAGUCCCUUCUCUCGCGUGUAUGACCACUCCUUGCCCCACAGCCGGCUGGCCACCGGUGACGUGGAAGGGGAGUGGCAUACGCGUGCCCUGUCGGUCUCCAAGCCAAGCCGCUCGAGCCCCUACUCGCGGCUUACUCCCCAACUGCGCUUCCGACCCGCUUGCGGGCCCGGUUGGCCAGCAGGUCCCCCCAUUUUUGCAAUAUUUUUAUUUUUAUUUCUUGUUCUUUCAUUUAUCUCAAAAGUAAGAUUGUAAAAAUCGUAUAAAAUCACAUAAUUACCCAAAAUUUCACGUUAAUCAAUUGAAAACCAAAAAUCAUUCUUUAACACAAAUAUAAGUCUAUUUAUCAGGAGUUAAGGCUAAAACUAUAUUGUUUACUAAUUAUUAACUCAUGAUAAUGAAGACUUAUCAGUCCCUAACAUCUGCAGUCUUAUUUUCCUAUUUUGUGAAUUUUAAAUAUAUUUUAUUUUUAUUGCUUAAUCUAAAAUUCAUACAAAAAUUAUAUUCUUUGAGAAAAAAUUUAAAAACUUUCUCAAUAUUAUAUUACAUCUCUAUGAUCGAGUUGGAAAUUUUCCAUUAUUUUUGAAACUUUUAUUAAAUUAUAAUUGAGAUAUUUAUUCAGAAAUACUUUUAAAUAUCCAAAAAUUAGUAUUUUUCUAGUUUUAUAAAUAUUAAAUUUGUAUGAUUUAUUAUACAAUGACUAAGUCACAUCACCAAGCCAACACAUGGAUCGGAAACAUAAUCGGGUAAAGCCAUGAGCAAGGGGCUCAAGUGGCUAAGGACUACUUGGGGCAUGUGUGCGUCACUCCCUUUUCAUGUCACCAAUGGUCAAUCAAACAUGGGGCAAGGAGUGGUCAUACACAUGUAAGAGAAAACAUUUUGAUGAGAAAAAUGGGUACUCAUAUAUGUCUCAAAAAUUACAAAAUAACUGAUGUGGGACUAAACAUACACCAAUGCUCAUUGGCAAGUUUUCACUUAUAUUGAAAAUAACCCUAACUUAUAAGAAGAAAAUGACUUCAUGAUGUCACUAGGAAAGGCUAUGUGCGUAAUUUGCAUUCUCUCUCUUAUGUAGCUAAGCAAAUGGUGAGGGUUCGAAUUCCUAUGAAAGCCAAAAUUCAAGUUUUUAUCUCAUUAAACCAUGAUUUUUCUAUACAACAUCAAUCAAUAAUAUAGUUGCCGAAAUUAUUUGAUUAUGAAUAAAAAAUUCAUAAAUGUUAUCUACAGAUCAUUGUUAGCAAUAGACUAAAGAUUUCAAAUAUAAAAGUCACAGAUUCUUUGAGGAAAUCAUAUUUAAUUGAUCAACAAAUGAGUCAUCAUUGAGAAGAAGACGAUCCAAUGAAAGACAAGUCGACACCUCCUUAAAGCAUACCAAAUGCAAUGAAGAGCCUCCCUAAGAUAUAUCUUAUAUCCAUUGAACUUAUCUCUACAAGUGAAAGUUGUUAGAGAUCUGAAAGUCACCAAAUUUCUACUCUGCUAGCUAAUAGUAACUAGAGAUGAUUCAUUGAUCUAUUUCAUUAAUGUUUGGACUUCGGAAGAAGAUUUAGAAAUUAUUAUGACAUCCAUGUCCAAAGAAAGCCCUUGAAGUUAUGUACAUCACAUGAUAAUUCUCUCAAACAUUUAAAAUUCUAAAGAUUACAACCACAACACAAGAAUUUUAUCAUUCAAAUUUUAAACGUAAUGUUUACUUAAAUUAGUGAUAUUUUGUGUAAUUUUAAAUUUCAAAAAUAUUAUUUGGUCAAUUAUGAUUUAUUUAACUUUUAUAGAUCUUUAUUUGAUCAAUUAAAUCAUCUAUAAUUGUUUAUACGAUAAUUAUCAGAUGUAACUCUAUUUUUACCUAAAUUACAUUCAUCAAGACACUAAUGUCAUCCUAAUGUCUGCACCAAAAUUUACAAUUUUUGUAAAUUUUAAAAUAUAUUUUCUCUUUAUUAUUUAGUUUGAAGAUAAUAAAAUAUUAUAUUUUUUGGUAAAAAAUUUAAAAUUUUACCCAAUGUUAUCUUACAUCUCUUUGAUUGAGUUAGAAAUUUUCUACUAUUUUUAGAACCUUUUAUCAAAUUAUAAUUUAUUUAUUUGUGCUAAAUAUUUUUAAAAUAUAAAAAAUAGUAUUUUCUAUUUUUAUAAAUUUAAAAUUUUUGUGAUUUAUUAUACAAUGUUUGGGUUAUGUCAGCUCCCAUUUAUUUAUCCCGCUCUCCUCUUUUUCUUUUUUCCCUCCUUUGUUUAAAGAGUAGGGAUUCAUAGAGUUCAUUGUAAAUAUUGUUCUCUCAACUCUAGGAGUUCCAUCUUUCUAUUUAUUUGAUACAGCUCAUUCAAGACCAAGAGACCUAAUUUGUGAGGUACUAUUUCAUUUGUUUGUACACUUAUUGCAGUAUCUCUUUUGCUCUUUCCUUAGACAUAGAGGAUACCUCUAAACAAUAUAAUCAUGGUGUAUUAUCUACUCUAUCCAUAAAUUGUUCUCUAGUUCUUUUGGCACAUUUAUAUUAGGGGUUAACAAGUUUGAGGAUUUGACUUCCACUAUGAGUGUUUCUACCAAUCUUUUGCUCAACCCUACCCACAUGUUCCUACCUUCUACCAUUGACUUGUGGUCACAAUUGAGUUUAAAAUAAUCACAUUUAAAUGUCAUGUGCUUUGGGCGUAGCCACGAGUGGAGUACUAAACUUGUGUUUGGGAGAAAACCUAAUGCGGGACAAGGGGGAUAAAAGAGAUCUUCUUAAAGAUAAUUAUAAAUUGGGCUUUAGAGAUGACUUAAGACUUAGAGGGUUUAAUAUCUAGAUGAAUCCCACUAUUUUAGAAGAUAGUUAAGAUUGUUAAUUACUUAUUGGGUUAUCUAAUUCAAAUAAUCAUUUAAGGCUUCUCAACUAGGGUUUGGACCACUAAUCUCUCACAGGAGGGUGGUUAUCCUAUGAAUCUCACAAAUUAUAAGAGCAAGGAUUUGAAAUCAAUGACCAACUUCACAAGGAAUUUAAAAAUCAACACACCUUUGCUAUAGAGAUCUUUUAUUUAUGGAAAGUUCUAAUUGGCUUGGAUCCCACGAGCCUUGUUAGGGAUUUUCCAACAAAUGGUUCAAUCUAGGAACUGAACUAGUGUGGUUCGAAAGGAAUGAAGUCAAAGGUAUAUAUAAGGGGUCGCAACGUGAGGUGACAAGAGGCAGAGUUGGUGGGGUAAAAUAAUAAUAAAAAUAUUAAUAAAUCGAAGGAAGAAAUGUAGGGUGUGAAAUGAGGUGACGGUGAGAAAGUUGGGGAUGAAUAAAUAAAUAAUAAAGGCACAGGAGGGUUUUGUGGGCAUUGGUGUGAGAGAGAAAAAGAGGGGUUUUGUGGUGAUAAUAGGAAAGAGAAAGGAGAGAGAUUGUGAUGGCAAGGUGGAAUGGUAGCAAUGGGGUGGAUGCUAAGGAGGCAGAACAAUGGUGACAGUGGUAGAGGAAAGAAAGUUGGGCUUAGUGAUAGGGCAGAUAGCUAGAAGGUGGAAUGGUGGCGAUGGGGCGAACGGCUAGUAGGUAGAACAACUAUGGUGGUAGGAGAGAGGAAAUGGAUGGCCGACGAUGAGAUGAAAAUAAGACAACAUAGAAGAAGAGAAAGAGAGAAAGGUCCCCCUAAUCUAAGUGGGUAGGAAGAAGUAGAGACCCCUAAUCUAAGAGGUGAGUGAGAAAGAAAGAAGAACCUUUACUCCGAGAGGUGAGAGAUAAUAAGAACUUUUUUCAUUCCAAAUUCAACUUUUUUCUUUCCAAGUAUUUGUGAGUUUAAAUAUUUAUAGAUAAGAGGGGAUGGUAGUUAGAGGCGCCCCCUCCCAAAGGAUGCCAACUGGUGCCUCUUGGAGGGAGAGGUGCCUAUCUUAGAAGAGAAGGGGUAUGUGGAUGAUGUGGCCUCCUCCUCCCUCUUCUUCCUCCUCAUGGGUCCACCUAAGAGGAUGAACCCUCAUGUUGACUCUAUUAGAACCCUAGACUAUAUUAACAAUUACGAAAAAUACACAAUCAGUUGGUUGAAAUCCAGUUAGUGUUAGAAACCUCACAUAAUCCAUCAUUUUCUGUAGCAUUUGUGAAAAAAAGAAACAUAGUACUAAACAUAUGCAGAAAUCAAAACACCCAAUUCAAAGCUUCAAAGUGUGAAUCAUGUUACUACUGUGCUCAACUCCUCUAGUGUUAGAAACCUCAUAUAAUCCAUCAUUUUCUGUAGCAUUUGUGAAAGAAAGAAACAUAGUACUAAACAUAUGUAGAAAUCAAAACACCCAAUUCAAAGCUUCAGAGUGUGAAUCAUGUUACUACUAUGCUUGACUCCUCUACUUGUCACAUAGUAGGAGAGUUUGCAACCACCACUGCUGCUGCUAUCAUGAGUGUAUUGUCAUCACUAUUGCUGCCACUGUUGUGCUAAACUCCUCUACAUGUCACAUAGAACAAGAGUUUGCAGCCACUAUCAUUAUCACCACCACUAUUGUUGUCACCACUAUGAGAGCCACUACAAUUGUGCUCAACUCCUCUACUUGUCGAUGUUGUUGGUGUUGUCAUUGUCAUGGUUGUCACCAUAAUGAUUUUCUAUUCCUCCACUUGUCACCCUUGUCUAUCUUCUCUCCACAAGCCCUAAUUUAUGUCGAUUCUCUCUCUCCUCAUUUCUCUCUCUUCUCUCUUCUUUUAAAUAUCUCCCAUUAUAAUGAGGUGGUAUGAGGCCUAAUAAUGAGUUUACAGUAAUUGAUUUAUUAGUCAAUUGAUAAGUCUUCAUUAUUAUGAGUUAAUAAUUAUUUAAUAUUAUAGUCCUAAUCUUAACUCAUGAUAAAUAGAUUUAUAAUUAUGUUAAAUUGUGAAAAAUAGUUUUUAAUUAAUUAAUAGAAUUUUAAUUAAUUAUGUGAUUUUAUGUGAAUUUAUAUAAUUUUUAUAAAUAAAAAAAAUAAAAUCAAAUCAAAAGAUAAAAAAAGGGAGAAACCUAUCAACUAGUUGGGCUUACAAGUAGGUCAAAAGCAUAGUCGAGCAGAGACGCAAGCAAUGGACACACAUGUGCCUCACUCCCCUUCUACAUCAUUACUGGCCAACUAGGCAUGGGGUAAGGAGUGGUUGUACACACGUGAGAAAGGGACUCAUUACUUUUCAAAUCUAGUAUUACUAUAUAUUCAUCUCAAAUUUGGCAUUAACUAAUGUGGGACUAAAUCCAUACUUAGAGCUUCUCCAAAAUAUUUUAAUAAUUUUUAUACCUCAAAUACCCCUUAUUUAUUAGAAAGAGAUACCUUGAUGACAUCACUUUAUAAGGUAUCCACGUAUUUAUUUCAUUCUCUCUCAUAUAGGCAUGUGGCCGACAAGGGUUUGAAUCUUACCAAAGUCAAAACUUAUAUUUUUUAUCUACUUAAAUUGUGAUUUUCUUACAAACCAUCAAUAAAUGAUUAAGUCCCAAGAGUCACUAAAUUAUCGGCAAAAAUUUCAUUAAUAUGAUUUAUGGUGCAUUAUUACUAAAAUUACUAAAUGAAUCAUAAUAAAAAAAUCAUAAAUCUAUUGAUUAAAUUAUCUCUGAUUGAUCGACGAAUAAAUUGUUGUUAGAAAGAGGACAAUCUAUUAGGAGAGGAGUUGCCACCUCCUGAGUGCAAUAAGGAGCCUUCUUUUACUAGGCAAACUUGAGGAUGAAACUCCCUAAGAUACACCCCACCUCUAUCUGGCUCAUCUCUACUAGCUGACAACCACUAGACAGUCACAAAGUCACCAUUUUUCUACUUUGUCAAGUGACAAUUGCUAGAGACGAUUCGACGACUCACUUCAUUGAUUUCUAAACUUUGCAAGAAAAUCUAGAGAUUGCCCACAUUACCCUCAUCUAAGAAGAACCUUUGAGGCUGCUAACAUGGCACGACAAUCUUCCCAAACACUCAAGAUUCUGAUGUAUUGUCAUUGUGAUGUUGAAAUUUUGUUUUACUAUCUUUUAACUAGUUUAAUUUCACCAUCAUUUUUUAGACUUCAAAAGGAGAUCUAAUAAAUACCCAAGUUGUCUAUAUCCAAGGAGAGUUUUUGAGGUUGUGGACAUCAUUCGAUGAUCCUCUUGAACAUAGAAUUUUGGCAAUCACUAUCGCAAGGCUGAAACUCUGCCUUUCUUGCUUUCAACUUAAUUUUCAUUAACUUAGUGACACUUUGUGUGAUUUCAAAUUUCAAAAAUAUUCUUCAUUCAAUUACGAUUUUUCUUGCUUGUACAUAUCUUAAUUUGACCUAUUAAAUUAUUUAUAAUCGCAUACAUAAGAAUCACCUAGUGAAACUUUGUUCAUACCCAAAUUGUGUUCCUCAAUGUUCUUAUGUCAUCUUGACAUCCACAUGCUUAUUUUUCUUUUUCACUAAUUUUUAAAUAUAUCUUAUAUUUAUCAUUUACUCUAAAAAUUAUAAAAAAUUAUAUUCUCUUUUAAAAAAUCUGAAAUAUUACCCAAUAUUAUCUUACAUUCACAAGAUUGAAUUAGAAAUCCUCUUAUUUUUUAAACCUUUUAUUAAAUUAGAAUCGAUUUAUUUGUUUUCAAAUACUAAUAAAAAUCUAAAAAUGAGUAGUUUUUAGCUUUAUAAAUUUUAAAUUUACAUGAUUUAUUAUAGAAUAACUAAGUCGUGUCAAAUUUUGGCACUAUUGUUGGGGAUGUAUUACAUAAUAUUUGGUAAUUUUUCAUUUCUCUUAGAGUACAUAAAAAAAUCUUAUUUUUAUUUUCUUCUUGUAGAAAAAUUAAAAAAAAGAGAACAAAGAGCAGCAAAGCAAAGAUUAGAUCAAACUGAAGGAGGAUAAUAAUUAUUAAAUAUUUUUCUCAAAUUUAUUGAUUUUUAUACAUGGUAGGAGAUUCUUACAUCCAAGGCUAGAAAAUCCUUUCACUAUUUCGUUGAAAACUAAAAAUCUUAAAGAAAAAUUAAUUUUGAUGGAUCCUAAAGGUAGUACAAGUCAAACUGAGAAUAAUCAUUUGGGCAUGAAAAAUUAUUAUAUCCCUAAUCCAUUUUAACGAGCAUUUAAUAUUAGAAUCCCAUUAGCAUGCACAGUUAAAUUCGAAAUAAAUUCAUGAAUUUUUCAAAUGUCUCCUAAUUUUCAUGGAUUAUCUUUAGAGGAACUCAUCAAUAUUUAGAGAAAUUUCAUAUGGUUUUUGAUUUAGUUAAUCUCUCUCAAGUUACACUAAAAAUUAUUAAGAUGAAAUUAAUUUCUCAUACACUUAGGACAAGGCUAGUUAUUGGCUAUCCAUAUUAGAUGAAGAAUUAGCUAGUUGAAAAGAUAUAAAAUAUGCCUUUGUUUGAAAAUUUUAUCUCUUAGGAAAAACUUAAAAUAUGAGAAAAUAUAUAUGAAGUUUUGCUCAAAGGCUAAAAAAAACUUUGUAUGUGAUAUGGAAAAAAUUCAAAGAUUUACUUCGAAUGUGUCCUCAUCAUAUUAUACCCAAGGGACAGCUCAAUAAAAAAAUUUAUGUUGAAUUAUUAGAAUAACAUAUAAAUAUGAUUGAUUCUAUAUGUGGAGGAACUUUUAUGGAGAAAAUCCUUGAAGAGAUUUUCAAACUUUAUAAGAAUUUAUGUGAAAAUUCUAGAGAUCAAGCUUCUUUUGAGUUAUAUGUGAGAGAUAAGAGAAGAAUAAUUUAUGAAUUACAUCAAGAUGAUGAUUCUAAUUUAGGAAAUGAGAUUAAUCAUAUUAAGCAAAUAUUAUAAAAUUUUAAUUUAUGAUGAACUUGAUUUAGAGGUUAGAUAUGUCAUAGUGAUACAAUCAAGUUUAUAUAAAUAAUAUUUAUAAAACCUCACUCUUCUGAUUAGGAUAAGUAAGGGUUGAUCCUCAAGAAGCGUGGGUAAUGAGAGUAAGAAUUUUACUUAUUUUAUUUCUUAUAUAUGUAUGAAAAUAAUUAACAUUGUGAAGGACAAAAUUAAAUAUAAAAAGAGUGAAGAGAAGAGAAAUAGAAAGUGUGACAAAGGGAAGAGAAUGGAUCUAACAUACUGAAAUUAUAGAAUAAAUGAUAAAACUAGUUUGAACUAAGAGUUAAUCUAUUCAUGGAGAAUAUUACAAGGACGUCUCAAAUCACGAUCUUGCAUAGACCUCGUUGUGCGCUAGUCCUAAGCUAAGUGGUGCUUAAUCCAUGAUAAUUUGAUGCACUCCAAGUAAUCUCUUCUCAACAACAAUCUUGAAUAUGAGAAUGUCAUUGACCGAGCUUUAAUUUUCCUCUUUUUUCCUUCAACUAGCCACUACUAG